CUUAUAUUCUGUGAUUUUACUCAAAUUUUGAUCAUUUUAUAUUUUUUCCGUGUAAUUACAAGAUUUUAUAAAACGUAGGCACAAAUAAGUUAAGACUUUAGUUAUCAUGUCCGUCAUAAAGAACUACCUGACUUAACUUACUAUUUUUUAUAGAUAAUAAGUUUCAAAAUCUACACUCAAUAAUAUCUUCUAGGUACCUAUCUACUUGGUUUUAUUAGGAAGUCAAUCAAAAAUGUGUUCAAGAAAAUAUCUCUUCACCAAGGUUUUUAUGAAGUCAUUAAGUUCAGUUAGUAUAAAUUGUUAUUUUAAAACAUUGAUUCAAGUUAAAAACCAUUCAACAUUUCAUAAAUGGACAUUAGAUUAUUUCAGAAAUCAACCACAAUAUAAUAAGUUUGUUUUAAAAAAAUCUAUAACUGAAGAAAACAUAUCUCUUAAUAACCCUAUUAAUUUUAACACUAUUUCUACUGACGAAUUACUUCUGAAAUAUUUUUCAUCCAAAAAUGUUUCCCACUAUGAAAUUGAUAAAGAACUAGAAAAUCGAGUGAAUGAUAUGUCAAUCAAUCAGAUACUUGCUUUAAUGGAUGCCUGUUUAUCUGAAAAAAACCAGUUUCACAAAAAAUCAAGAUCAUUAAAAAAAUGCAUUGAAUUAAUGGAUGAAUUAUGGUUUCGAAGACCUGAUUUAACUACUUCGCAAACUAUACAGUUGAUUUAUUAUGUUAGUAUUUACAAAAAUAAAUCAAAACGUGUGGUCGAAUUUGGAUUACAAAAAUUAAUGAAUGAAAUCAGUUAUUUAAAAAAAUUAACUGAUGAAGAAUUAAGUGUUAUAGGUGUGGCAACAUACAAAAGUAGUGCAAAAGUUUAUGACAAAAUGCUGAGAAUAUUUGCCUACAGGGUUGAAAAAAACUUAGAUAAUCUUAUACAAAACCCUUUGAAUUUUGUAUCCUUAAUUAAACCACUAAAAAGAGCAAAGUACCAUGACCCUGUACUAUUAACCCAACUAAUUAAUGCCUUUAAUAAUAAUAAAAAUAACAAAGUUUUAGAAGAUGUGACUAGUAGCAUUCAUCUUCUUACAUACUUUGCAGAUGCAAAUUGUGGUGAUAUAGACUUUUUACAGCACUUGAUUGAUUCUAUUGGGAAUAUUAUGAUUAAUGAUCGCUUACAACAUUACCGAAUUAAAGAUGUUUCUAAUUAUGUUUUUUCAACUAGUUACUUAGGUUUAACUCCAAAGAAUCCUAAUGUAUGUAAAAUAAUUAUUGAUUUCUUAAAUGUGGUAUUUAACUCUAAAGAGAAAUGUCAAAAGAUGUCCAAAGCAUUAAUAGGAAUGUGCUUAUCGAUGUGGAUGUUGAAUUAUAAACCAAUAGAAUUAAUGCAAUUUACAUUUUCUCAAAUACCUGUUGCAACAUUAAGAAUGCCCAAUGCUCACAAACAAGAUAAUAGACUCAAUCUUUUAUUAACAUGUGCUCACAUUGAACAGCCUGAUUUAAUAAAGGGAUAUCAUCAAUUAAUUGAAGAAGCUACUAACUCCAUGCCUGAUCCAUAUACACAUUUAGCAGAACGUCCAUUCUUGGUAAUGGUAUAUCAAUCCCUCCAGAAACUAUCUCAUGAAUUGAAUAUUAUGAAUGCGGAAUAUAAUUUUAGCAUACCUUAUUUGAGAAUAUUAGGAAUAAAAAUUAAUAGAGCGAAUGGCGAAAUCAUUUAUGUAGAAGUUUUGGACAAUAGCAAUUGUCUUUAUGAUACUUCAAUUCCAAAUGGUAUGAUGAAACUUAAAUUUCGUCUGGAGUCAAAAUUAAAUUUUUUUGUUAUUAAAGUAAACCAUAAAGAAAAUACCUUACAUAAUCCAAUAGCAUUGCAAUGCCACUUAAAGUCAUUAUUAUCCAACAAAUAAGAAAACUUUUCAUGCAAUAAAAGGCAAGAUUUAAGUAUUCUUCUCAAUUGGAUAUAUUUAUAUGCAUUCAUAAAUUAAUAGUUAUUAGUUAUCAAUUAUAAAUUAAAUUUUUUUACCUUUAGGUAAACUCUAGUAUUUAUUGGCUAAUAUCACUGUUAAUGAAAACUUAACUCAUGACACCUAAAGGUGAAUAACAAACUUUGUCCGAUUUUAAAUACCUAUUCCACUACAUAAAUCUACUUGUGUCACUAAGUAUAGUUAAAUUUUCUUCCACAGUAUUAUUUAUAAAUAUCUUUGAGCAUCACCUUUCAUUACACUAGAAACAUUAAAAUUUAUUUAA